GGAAAAGUGCUCCAGAAGUGUGUAUCAAUCAGAGUGAAAGAGGGAAGGAAACAGAAGAGGAAAGGCAGAGAGGAGGGACACAAAGCCAGACACCAUCACAACAAAGUUCUCUGAGGCACUAGCUAGCGGAAGAAUGUCAACUCAGCACCCAUGAAGUUUAAUGCUGCUAAUUAGUUAUAGUGAUUGGAUUUCUUUUUACUAUAUCGCUACAUCUUAUUCUCAUUUUAAUCAUUCUUUGUAUCCCAUUCUUCUCUUGGAAAGAGUUUUUUCUUGGUUGGAUUUGCCGUAUAAGAAAUGAGUGACAGGAGGCGAUCUGCCGCCGCUCUGAGUUCGAGAGCUCACGCCUUCUCGGUGGAAGCCCUGAUAGGGACAAACAAGAAGAGGAAGCUCCGCGGCUGGGAAGGGAAGGAGCUGCAAUUGUCCAUAGCCAGCCUUGCAACAAACGGACAGUUGGGAGACAGCGAGGAUACCGCACAUUGUCUGGAUAUGGACCCUGAAUCAGAGGCCAGCCCGGGCUCAGACGGCGAAGGCCUGGCUGAGAGGUCGUCCUGUUCCUUUGGUUCCACCUCAGAUCUGACCUCAGCUACUUGCGAUCCACCCACCCUUUCGUCCAUGGAUGAAAUUCAGGUGGAGCUGCAAUGUGCUGACCUCUGGAAACGAUUCCACGACAUCGGCACAGAGAUGAUUAUCACAAAAGCGGGCAGGAGGAUGUUUCCAGCCAUGAGAGUGAAAAUCGCUGGCCUGGAUCCCCAUCAGCAAUACUACAUUGCGAUGGAUAUAGUACCAGUAGACAAUAAGAGAUACAGAUACGUGUACCACAGCUCCAAGUGGAUGGUGGCAGGAAAUGCAGACUCCCCCGUACCCCCCCGUGUUUACAUCCACCCUGACUCACUGGCCUCUGGGGACACCUGGAUGAGGCAGGUGGUCAGCUUCGACAAGCUAAAGCUCACCAACAAUGAGCUGGAUGACCAGGGCCAUGUCAUCCUGCACUCCAUGCAUAAGUACCAGCCACGGGUCCAUGUGAUCCGGAAGGACUUCAGCAGUGACCUCUCACCCACCCGGCCAAUCCCAAGUGGAGAUGGAGUCAAGACCUUCAGCUUUCCAGAGACUGUAUUCACCACUGUAACAGCCUACCAGAACCAGCAGAUCACCCGACUUAAGAUCGACCGUAAUCCCUUUGCAAAAGGAUUCAGAGAUUCUGGCAGAAAUAGGACCGGCCUGGAGGCCAUCAUGGAGACCUACGCCUUCUGGAGGCCUCCUGUGCGAACGCUGACCUUUGAGGACUUUACCAACAUGCAGAAGCAGCAAGGUGGCAGCACAGGCACCUCCCCCAGCACCUCCAGCACAGGGACACCCUCACCCUCAGGGGCUGCACACCUGCUCUCACCUUCCUGCUCCCCCCCCGCCUUCCACACCUUCAACGUAGGCUGCCGAGAGAGCCAGUUAUGUGGCAUUGGCUUGUCCGAGUACCCGGCCUGCGCCCGCGCCAACAUGGCAGCGCUGCAGGGCUACACAGGGCUGGCUGAAACCCCGUAUGGCCGACUUCAGGGGGGGGGCACCCCCACCCCAGUGUCAGAAACCACCUUCCUGCCCCAGCGGACUCCCUCCCUCAUUGCUGCAGGGACACCGACCGGCGGAGGUGGAGUCAGUAGCAGUGGUGGGGGCAAGUUGGAUGCCUACAGUGGGCAGCUGGGCUCAUUUCCUGCCUCACAGCUGCAGUAUGUGAUGCAGGCAGGCGGAGGCCAUGCCCCUGGCUCUGCCCACUGCCCCUCCGGCACUGGCCACUCCAGCCACAUAUUCAGCAAUGCUGGCGACAGCACCGGGCACCACUUGCAGCAAGGCUCUUAUAACACCUUGUCCUUGCACAGUCCCUACAACUUAUAUGGAUAUAACUUCCCAGCCUCAGCACGGCUGGGCCCCGGCCAGGAGAAGCUGGCACCAGUCCAGACGGGCCUACUGUCCCCCUCGGCCCCCGGGGCCUUCGGCGAGCGUCAGUACCUGUCCAAUGGUAUGGAUGGUGUUCACAUGAUCAGUGGUCCAGCUGCUAACCAGCAGGGGGUGGGCCAGUGUGAUGGACGUCAGUAUGGACCCUCCUCUCAGAUGCCGGUGCACAUGGUGUAAAGCAGGAUGCCGGCCCUGCGGCUGCCCCAUGCCACCGACCACAGCUCUGUUCUGCCCUUGCUUUCUAUGGCACACGUGACAACGGACUCGUGUUCAGAGGAAGGCCAAACAAGGACCGUUGAGACAUUUUUUGGCUGCAAAAGACAGCAUUUGUCCAGGGAAGCCAUUAAAGUAAUUCUUUUUGGAAUGCCUAAAUUGAAAGCCAUGAGUGUCAUUAUGGAUGUUAUUUAAAUAUCUUCUGUGGACAUAUUGUUAUCCUGAUGUUAUCACCUGUGCCUCCCGUUUGCCAAAAAUAGUCACUUUUUUUCCCCAUUCCUGACUUGCUUUUGCCACAGCAGAGACUUGGUGGAUUUUUUUUCACCUGUGGCAGGUUUGGGAAACAGCUCAACUUAAAAAGCCUGCCUUGUGAUUUUCAUAUGAUACAGCACCAUUGUGGGAUGUUAUCUGACAUCUAGAGCUUUGGUGUUUAGUUUGGAAACAAGGAGUUGUAACGGAAAGAUGAUAUGAAAUAGGAAAGUCUGUGUAAAUGGGGGUAAGACUGGAAUGCUGAGAAGAGAAAAAGUGUGGAUCCAUUUAGUACUGUGAAUACAGUAUGAGACAAAAAGCAUCAGAGUUUGGAAAGGUAUUUCAGAUAAAGGAAAGCAUGGUUUCAGAGUCCAGCUAACAGCGAGCAGAGCGGAUCAUCAUGCUGCAAAGGCAGCCAUGCUGUUCACACUCCUGUUUGCCAGGGCUGACUGUGCCGUUUCGUUAGCAAAUGCAUGCUGGUGAACAUAGGCGGCAGAAUAAGGAUUCAGGGUGCUGUGUGUUGAUGCAAUUAACGAAGCGACGAAUGACUCCAGCGGUCCUAUCCUACUAUGUAUUGCCUUUCCCUGUCCCCAUGAAAUGUCUUAAUAUAUUGUCAAAUGUUAAAUUCUUAAACAUUAAAAGAUGGAAAUUAUAUAAUUAGUAUCAAGAAAUUAGGGAGAAAUGUACCUCAAGGUCAAUUUCUAAUUAUUUCCCUGUUUUGGUUUGAGUGGAAGUUACGAGGUUUGCAUGUCAGAUGCUUGGCAUUAACUUAUAAUAUCAGACUGGCAAUUUAUAUUAUUUAAAAAAACUCAAUAUGUUUUUUUCAAUCCCUGAUGUAAAUAUAUAAAGUGCAAAUUUUCGUCAAAGGGCACAGUGACACUCACGAAAAAGUAUUCGCCUUAUUUAGUACUAUUACAGCUGCGCGACCUGACAAGGAGAAAAUUGGCUUCCUAGGGCGUUUUCGCUCGGUGUUCAUUUACAGGAGCUCUGACCCGCGAACUUGCGUAGCUAAGCCAAUCCCGUGUAGUACGAGCGGGGUCGACACCGUAGUUUCACAGAAAUGCAAAACUGAGGAGGAUCCUAAUUUAAUGCGCAUUUGCACGUUAUAACAAUUAAAAAAUACAGUGGUACCUCAGUUCUCGAACUCAUUAGAACUCGAAUUUCUUAAAAGUCGAACCAACCAGUUCGAAAAAUUUUUACCUAGAGCUUGAUCUGAAACUCAGAAGUCAAACCGUAAACGCCGACUUAAGAUAACUUGUACACGUGGGGAAAUGAGUCACGUGGCACGUCUCUUAGCGGAAACAAAGGGUAACGCUUUAGUCUCAGCCUCGCAUUUGCUGUGAU